UCUCCAGGCAUAGGCAGCCCGGUACAGAUGAGAUGAGGCCUGGACGGCCCAGUCGAUCCGCGGCCGGUGACACGACGAGGCCCACGGCGGAGAGGCGGUGGCGGCGCGAGCUGCCGUGCCGCCGACUUUCCUACAUCGCGUCCAUCCGUGUUCUUCUUCAGGUUCAAACUAGGAGCAUGUGUCUAAUGUCUUUCUUCUAUCUUACGACGUGGGGCAUGCACUUGUUCUUAUGGAACGCAGGAACGAGUAUCUUCGUCCCAUCUUGUUUUUAGUCCCAUCUGUCCCAUCUUGUUUUUAAUCCUGUGUCCGUCAUUGAGCAUGUGUGUAUGAAUCAACCAUUGUAAAAACUUCAAAUUUAAAACUUUUAUAGCAGAUGAUAGAUACACGAGUACAACAAUGCGAAUCCAUGGCGUUGGCAGCAACUCUCAUGGCGAAAUUGUGGUGGCCAAAAGAUACACUCCAAAAGCUCACCAGAUGCGCUCAUCUCGGAGCAGGGCAGAGCAGAGACGACAGGAGAGGAUAAGGAUCAGCGUGUGGUGAGGAGCACGCGCCACGUGUCUGUACCUGGGCCCAGAUAUGCUGCAGCACGGUUCCCCGAUUUGGAAUACUAGCACGUACUCACAAGCCGGAUGAUGCCAUAUAUAGACACUGCUUUUUGCCCACGUGCGAUACACUGUAGCGGCAGCGGCUGUACAGAUUAGGCCCCAAGCUACGUGGAGCAUUGCGUGGCCCACGCAGACGCACUAGGUGGCACAUGGCCCAUUAUCAGCCCAACCCAGGGCAUUGGUCGUCGAUAUGGAAGAAUCAAGGUGUAUGCAGUGCUCGGUGAUGAUGAAGCUCAACAUGCCAAGAACAACAUGAGGGGGGCCUUGUUCCAUGUCGAUAACCCCGGGCCAAUGGCUCCCAUUGCAAAAGGCAACUUCUUGGAUGUUAACCAGGCCCUUGAGGUGGUCCGAUUCGGCAUCCAGUACUGCGAUUGGAGGGCGCGGCAGGACCUCCUCACCAUCAUGGUUCUGCACAACAAGGUGGUAGAGGUUCUCAAAUCUUUAGCAAUAGAGUUCAAGUCAAAUGGAACCUUGAGGAAAGAGCUUGCAGAGUUGCAGGAAGAAUUGGCCAAAGCUCACAAUCAGGUUCAUUUAUCAGAAACUAGAGCAUCAUCUGCACUUGAUAAGUUAGCACAAGCGGAUAACCUGGUGAAUGACAGACUGUUGCAAGACGGAGGCUCUAGUGCAUCUAUAGACAACUAUGUUUCUCUUGCUUCAAGAACGUCAUCAGCGUCCCGUUUUGUGAACAAGAAAACUCUGCGUCCGAGUCUGGACGUGUCUGGUCCAGUGCAGCCAUACAAUCCCAAUCUGAAAAACUUCUGGUACCCAGUUGUCUUCUCCGGUGACCUGAAAGAUGAUACAAUGGUACCAAUAGAUUGUUUUGAGGAGCAGUGGGUAAUUUUCCGAGGAAAGGAUGGGAGACCUGGAUGUGUUCAGAACACAUGUGCUCACAGAGCCUGCCCUCUUCAUCUUGGCUCAGUUAGUGAGGGUAGAAUCCAAUGCCCUUUCCAUGGGUGGGAGUAUUCAACUGAUGGAAAAUGUGAGAAAAUGCCAGCCACGAAGUUGCUCAAUGUGCGCAUCCGGUCAUUGCCAUGCUUUGAGCAAGAAGGCAUGGUUUGGAUCUGGCCUGGUGAUGGCACACCGGAGUCGACUAUCCCUUCUCUGCAGCCCCCUUCAGGAUUUACAAUUCAUGCAGAGAUGGUGAUGGAGCUACCGGUGGAGCAUGGACUUCUGCUGGACAAUCUAUUAGAUAUUGCUCAUGCUCCUUUUGCUCAUACGUCCACCUUUGCCAAGGGUUGGAGUGUUCCAAGCUUGGUGAAGUUCUUGACACCUGCAUCUGGGCUCCAAGGGUACUGGGAUCCUUACCCCAUCGACAUGGAGUUUCGACCGCCAUGCAUGGUCUUGUCAACCACUGGCAUCUCAAAGCCUGGAAAACUAGAGGGAAAGAGCAUCAAGCAAUGUUCCACACAUCUCCACCAACUCCAUAUCUGCUUGCCCUCCUCCAGGAAUAAAACCAGGAUGCUGUACCAGAUGUCCCUCAACUUUGCUCCCUGGCUCAAGCACAUCCCUUUCAUGCACAUACUAUGGUCACAUUUUGGUGAGAAGGUCUUGAAUGAGGACCUACGGCUUGUGCUUGGGCAGCAAGAGCGGAUGAUAAAUGGCGCGAACGUAUGGAACUGGCCAGUGUCAUAUGACAAGCUUGGUAUCCGGUAUCGGUUAUGGAGAGACGCCAUUGAGAGGGGAGCAAACAGGUUGCCAUUCAAUAACCAAAGUGAGAGUGGAUCAUAGUAGCUGCAAUGCUGCACUGACAGUAGCCUCUUUCAACUCUUGUCGCAUUUCUUGGCGAGAUGAAGAUGACUAUGGCCAGAACUAUAGUCACUUAGUCAGAAUAUGUAUAUGCGCAGUUUGUUUAGGCGUGCUGCGUUCAUCCCUGCGUGGUUCAUCCGCCUGAGCUUCUGGAGAGGAAAGCUAAUGGAAGGAAGGGUUGAUAGACUGAUAGGCGACAAUUGUUAUGUGUAAUUUUAAGUGUACUAGUGAGCGUGCAUAUGGAAUCCAUGUGUGUAAUUUCAAGUGUACUAAUCAGUGUGCACGUGGAAAUGUGGAAUCCAUGUCAUCUCAAUAAAAAAAAUAGUGCUAGCAAGAUUGCUAGUACUCUCCUAGAUAAAUA